UCAAUUGUUCAGUUAGCUCCAAAGUUUAAGGGUUUUCUGCUGCAUGUAUGAAGAAUGCCCCCGAAGUUUAAGGGUUGACCUCAGCUGGAUAAAACCUAUGGAAUGAAAAAGCGGGCCUCAAAUUUGGCCCGUGCCAGCUUCUUAGACAAGCGGGCCUCCUUAAAGCCAACUACACAAACUGUCCGGAGAGCGGUCGUAAUUAUGUAUGCCGUGACGUAAACCCACACAGUUGUUCUUGCUGAUUCCACUCCCUCGUCCCCUCCGUUCCUCCGUCGUCCCUGAGAAAGUCUCUCACCCCCGGUCUCCGAUUUCCCCAAUUCCAGUUUCCACAAGAUCCCAGUCGCGAAGUCUCCUCACCCGCCGGCAACCGGACCCUCACGGUCGUCUCGUUAGGGGGUGGGAACUAUAACAGGCGUUAGAAAGAUGGCGGCCAACGGUGAUGCACCUGCCAGAGGGAGUGCAGCAGCAGCUGCAAGCCUGCGCAGGCGUAGAGCCACGAGCGGCGCUGCUGCUGGUGGCGGUGGCGCCAGCUCGAUGCUCCAGUUCUACACUGAUGAGGCUGCCGGGCGCAAGAUGUUCCCGAAUACCGUUCUGAUUAUGAGCAUCGGGUUCGUCGCCGUCGUUGCUGUGCUGCAUGUUUUCGGGAAGCUCUACCGUACCGUACCUCCAACUAGUUUUGCUGUUACCGUGCCCAAGAAAGCAGAGUCUGUCAAGAGAGGAAUCCUGUAGAGCGACUCAUUCACUCGGUUUGUUUAGGUGUGGCUGGUAGCUGAUGUUGAUUUGUUAUAAAAGAAAAGUACUGCUGUUGGUUAGUAACUGGUGUUAAUUUGAUGUGAAAAAAAAUUACUGUUGGUUGAUUGGCUGACAAGCCAAACGAACAGAGU